AUGUCUUCCCCGGAAGCUAUCAGAGCAAUCAGUGUUGAUGAUGGCCGUGGUGAACUGGGUUUAUCGGAUCAUCACGAGAACAAUUUGAUUGAAUACCUGAAGUUUUGUCGUCUGCAACGACAGUCAAGAAUUGCAACAGUAAAGGCGCUUUUCAACGAUACACUGAAGAAGAAAGUUCAGGAUGAGACAUACACAAAAGAUGAAAUAAAGCAACUGCUGAUGGAGUUACGUGAGGUGACCGGUGGGGAGUUGGAGAGUGAAUUGAUUAAUAUGGCACACAUGAAUCUUCUGCUCUUUAGACAACUUUCCGCACAGGCCAAACAACAAUUCGAUUUGCAGGCUGAAAAAUUCAACGUGAAUUUGUUCAUGAAUCUUUCCGAGCUUGAAGAUCGUCAAUUAUUGGAUGCGGUUGAAGUAUUCGAAAAAGAGCAUUUUGAGCGUAAAACAGCCAUAAGGACAGCAACAAUUCUUCGGCAAUUGAAAGCCCUAGAAGGUACAACACCACAAGAACGAGCUGAACGACGAUAUUCAGUGGAAAAGAGUCGUAUGCUGGAAGAGUUGAGUGUUCGAGAGGCCGAGAUGGCCGAUUUAAGGCGUAAAACUGAAAGCAACCGAAUUCGAGAACAACAACUGCUGAAUGAACUCGAAACUGUUGAACAUCGUCUUCUACAAACCAAGAAAGAGUUAACGAUGAAGGAAAGUGAACUGGAGAAGAAAUUUGCGAAUACGAACGCAUUCAAAACGAUGGAUCACCUGCUGAAGCAAAAGAAUCAAAUUGUGAAACAUUUGCGUGAUAUCAUUCGCAGGAAUGGCAUUGAUAUGUCACAGUCAGUGAAUAACUCAGAAAAUGAUCGAGCUAAUAAUGAAGAUAAGGUUGAUACAUCUGAUCAAGAUGAUUCCGGCGAGGAUGAAAUCAGUGAAAAUAUUUGA